AUGGCUACCGAGGAGCCAAUAACUCUAUUGGACCAAUGGGGCCUUAAAGUCGUCAGCCCAGAGCAAGCGUUGAUAUGCUGCCACUGCCAGAACGCCUUGAGAAUCGGUGCCGAUUACGUGCUACAGCAUAUCGCAAGUCAUCAGAGCGUGGAAUCGAUUGCCCGUGAUCUUCUAGAACGCCAUCUCAAGACCUUUGAGCUGAACGACGUAGCACAGCUAAAUUCCCGCAUUCCGUUCACCACAGCCCAGAUCACAGUUAUCAGGAAGCUAUGGUCCAUCAUCUCGAGCCAACCAGACCUACGCCUGAAUACAUCAGAGAUCGAAGUGGACGGAGAUGAAGAAGAUAGUGAGGAAGGUGAAGAAGAUGAUGAUGAUGAAGAUGAUGAUGAAGAGGAUGAUGAAGACGGCGAAGACGGCGAAGACGACGGAGGCCACGAGGACGACAAUUAUUUCCCUGAUGACCAUGCCGCAGACGCUGGCUCGCUUAUACCUUUGGUUGAUAAUCACAGUACCGGAAGCGACAUUCUCAGCGAAUUGAUCUUUAAACUUAGCAUCUUACUGUGUCGGGACGAAUUUACAGACGGACAGCCUUCCUCCAGCGCCCUCGUUUACAUCAGUGGUAUUCUUGCCUUCAUAACCGAUGGAGCCGGGUUUCAGACCCCUCGUCUUUAUACGCCCACAAUUUCUACCUUACUUCAUCUCCCGCUCCUUCUAUUUCCCGAAGAUAGUCUCCCGUGUCGCCAAUAUCCACACCUGAAAAUACCUGCUCGACCGGGCCGCGAUCACUUGGAAAUUCUCAACUCAGUUCGUUGCCGGUACAUGUGUGCUGGCUCCUUGACACCCCUGGGCGAGAUGAUUAGCCUCCUUGAUUACGGCAGGAGAAUGCUCCGUUCAGAACCACCGACAUUCUUUGUGCGCUGGAGUGAUGAUCGCCAGACCAUCUUCUUCGAUGAUCACGGCCUCCACAUGGAUCAAUUUCGAGGUUUUGCUCGCUCACUCUCUGAUUCCGCCACCGAUUGGUACAAUCAGCUGAUGCACCAAUGGCAACCCGACGUGUCAUUAGGGGGUAUCAGGGAUAGCUUCAGCAAUAACACUCCAGGGUACUCAUUCGUCUAUGAUUCAGCCAACCGAUUGAACGAUGCGUAUCUUCAACUCUCCACCAGAGUUUGCGGCAUGGGCCCAGCUGCGUUGAUUCAAAACGGUGAAUGGGAUCUUCCGGCUAUUAUUGAGUACCUUCAACUACACGAUCGAGGGCUCCACGCCUUAGGGGGAGCUAUGGCCGUCAGCGACGGGGAAUGCCUCGCCUCGGUGAGAUGUUUACCACCCUGGUACGAAAUGGUCCGAUGA